AUGCGUUCGCGGCGGCGAGCAGGCGGAGGGGAGGAAGCAGACGGGCGGGUGCCUCAGUCAGCGCGCCGAUCUCUCUGUUCGCCUUCUCGUCCUUCGCCCCUUCCUGCGUCUCCUUUCCCCGCACUGGCUAAGAAGGACGCGAUCUUCUGCCCCUCUGUAGCCGUCGGAGACGUCGCCAUGACGGCGCGUUUGUCUCCGGUAGCUCCCACUGCGCACUCGUUUGCCUCUUCUCGUUCCUCAUCUGCUUUUCGGUGCGCCACGUCUCCCGGUCUCGGUCCUGCCUCGCCCGCCUCUUCGCCUUCGUUGUCUUCGCUCCCGUCUUCGUCUUCCGUCUCCUUUGUCUCGCCCUCGUCCUCUGCUGCGACGCCUCCUCUGGGGGCCCUUCCGGGCGCGGAGACAGGCGUCUCCCGGAUCGCGUCAGGACCUGCUGAGGGCGAUGGUGGUGUGGGCUUCAGCACGCGGGAAAAAAUGGAUGGAGGAAGGGAGCGCGGGGCUUUGGAAGUCGGCGAGCGUCCGAAGCUGCCUCCUCUUCAUCUUCUCGUGGCACCCAACAACUCGGUUUCCGGCCAAGCGGCUGCUGGCGCGCGAGGCGCAGAGGCGCAGAGUUCUUCUCGGGGCACACGCCUCCGCACCCACCGUUCUUUUGCAUUGUUCCUCAUCGUCCUCCUCUCCAUCGUCCUUUUCAUUUCCUUCGUCAUCACUCCCUUCUCCUCCUUCCUUAUCGACCUCUCUCUCCAGCGCCAGACUCCGCUCUCCUCUUUCUUCCCCCGGUUUCCCCGCGGCCAGGGCCCUCCUGAGGGCUCGCCGGCGUCUCUUGCUCCUUCCUUGUCCAGCCUCGAGAGGCGCGGAACGGCAUCCAGCUCUCGGGCCUCAGGCGGCGAACGUGACGGGGAGCCGCGGGGCUCUGUGGUGGCCCGUCUCCCCCUUUCGCCUCCAAAGUCCCCGGCGCAACUUCGUCUUGAGCAAGCGCGGGCGCGGGGACACUCCGCCGCCGCCGCCUUCCCUGACGAGAUUGCCUCCGAGGACCGCUCAAAGGCUCUUCCCCCGGGAAACGCGUCUCUCUCGAGUGCCGUGUUCUCCCACUUUGGAUCACUGUCGAUCUUUCCUUCGUUGUCUCCGCCACGCGCCUCAGAAAACGCCGCUGACCAGAAGCGCCCCCUAAAGCCAAGCGAAGGCGUUGGUACCCGAGAUUACGGCGGCUCGACCGCCCCGGUGCCGUCGCCCCCGACCGCAGUCGGAGGAGGCGCAGGGGUUGGGGCUUCAAACCUGGACGCGGCUUCACGACCUCUCCUCACGCCGUUUCGGCCGGUCGGCUGGGGUGCGGAGAGAAAGGGGACAGCUGGGGCGCCGUCCUUGCAAGGCAGGGAGGCAGGGGCGCCUUCUGCGUCGCGCGACGCACGGGGCCCAGAAGGAGACACCUUCGCUCGCGGGUCGUCGCCUGCGGGCCUGUCUCCAUCCACCGGGGGAGCCCCACGAAAGUGGACUGUGGGGCAGCAGGACGGGUGGCGAGGUGAGCUCGCUGAAUUUGCAGACUACAACGGCGACUCCCAUGCCGAUAUGAUCUUUAUCUCUCGGUCGAGUUCAGACAACAGACGAAACCCGUCCUUGCCUGCUCUCUCGUCUCUGUCUCCUUCGCCCCUGUCUGCGUCCUCUGGCUCGAGAAGCACCCCGCGGUCGACGGCAUUCGCCUCCGUCUACACGUGGGACGCCGGCGCUGGGGUCUUUGCGUUUUUCACGAAAGCAGAGGUCCCGGAAAGCACCGAAUCUCUCAUUGCCCUCGACUGGAAUGAAGACGGUCGCGCCGACCUUCUCGCCGUGUGCACGGUGGAGCCCCGCGCGGUCGCAGAGGCGCGCCUCGAGGCCAAGCGGCUUUUCCAGCGGCUGCAGGAAGAAGAGGAGUCGACAGGAGACGAAACGGGGGAGGGGAGGGCACGCCAGGGAGAGAAAAAGAGAGAAGAGAAGGGCAAGGUGGUGAAGAACGGCGAAGCGAACACGGGAGAAGGGGAAAGAAAGAACAUCGAUGCGGGUGCGUCGAGCGGGCCCUCGUUCUUCCGCUCCUGGUUUGAAAGCCCAACAGACGAGAGAGGAGAAAGGCGUGAAGACAGCGGGGAAGAGGGAGAGGGGAAAAACUAUUACCUAGUCGCCUACGUGCAGAGAUCGGACGGGAAACUGGAGAAAGCGUGGGACUCGAUCACGGGAGUCGACCGGCUGCUCGAACGCCUCGAGCGACAGUGGACUGCCAGGCGGCGGAUGGCCAGGGCGAUAGAGGACAGAGAGAGGAGACGCAGAGAGGCCAGAAGCCAGAGAGGCACUCAGACCCGCAUGCAGCGGCUGACUGUCUCCGUAGAUCUUUCAGCGCCGCAGACCCCGGGCGAGGACGAGAAACGGGGGGAGCAAGCGGAAGCAGCAGGGGCGACCCCCGCAUUGCCGAGAAGACGCCUAGCAGAGAAAGAGUGGGAAGGGAUGACGACGGCACUGCCCGGAAGAAAUGGGAACCAAACUACAGACCUGAGGAAGAGUGCGUCCUUGACCCGCUCCCACGCGCCGUCGUCGCACCCUCCUCGGCGUUCUACCGACCGAAACACCAGUCCAGACUUGCCGUCUGUGUCUUCAGUUUCGGAGGCGAUGAAUACUGCGGUCGAGAGAACUGGAGACAUGGAGGAAGCAGAGCGGAAGGAAGAUAAGGGUGAGAAGGAAAAAGAGAAGAGCAGCGAAAACGCGGGAGAACCGAAAGGUGGAAGGGGCAAUGAUGAACCUCUUGCAUCUUCUUCCGGUGUGCAAGAUGAUGAACGCGAGAGAAAAGACGGUGAGAACUUCGCGUCCGGGACAGUGAACGCAGCAGGCGGAGAGGAGGAAGACGAAGAGGAGGACACGAGUUACGACGACUCCCUGUCUUUUUUCGAAGACGGCAUUGUGAUCCAAGGAGUCCGGGCGUGGAGCCGCUUCGAAAGGAGACCGGAGGCUUUGUCAGUUUCCCUCUCAGAAGAACGGCGCGCGUACUUGGAAAAUCUCGCCCUUCUUCCGCUUCUUCGGUUUUCCUCCAUCCACCCUCUCGUCGCGGAUGUCACGAUGGAUGGGCGCCCAGACCUCAUCGCUCAAACGCCCCUCUUACAGUCCCCAUCCCCAUUCUCUUCUUCGCCUCCGCGUUCUUAUUCGUCUUCUUCCCCUUCUACCCGAGUUCGGCGUUUCGUUUGGAUCGCCUGUUCGCGAGAGGAAGAAGCGACUGCCAGGGCGUCUUCGCGGAAAGUGUCGGGUAGCCCACGCCGACUCCCAGCAAGCGAAGAAACUGAGAUGCGAGAGGUGAAAUCGGGGAAAGCAGCGAAGGAGGAGAACGAAGAGACAGGGCCGGAAAGUCGAGAAGCGAGGGAGCGAGGAGCGCUCGAGGCAGGUUCAGAAGCGAGGAGAGAGCGAGAAGGCACGGACCGUGGAUAUAGGAGAUACCCGAGCAAUGAAGACGACGAGAUAAACAGGGGCGAAAGCCGAAGACAGCAGGCGGAACAAGUUCCCUUCCAACCUAUGCUGUGGCAGCGCUUGGACAAAUGGAUAGCGAACGCGGGAGAAGCGGAGGAGAAAAAUCUCGUCGGGAAAAUCGUCUCUCCUCAUAGCAGCGCCUUCUUAGACCUUGACGGCGACUGCCGCCCCGAUCUUGUGUUUCAAGUCGAGUUUUCAUCGCCACCUCCGCCGGCUUCCUCUUUUCUCUCACCCGCUUCAGCCGCUGCUUCCUCUUCAGCCUCUGCUUCUUCUUCCUCACGGUAUCUUGAGGUUUGGGUCAGCCGCUUUGAUGCGCAGGAGGGUCGUGCGCGUUACACUCUUGGUCACGACACCGCGUUCGUUCCGUUGCCCCGCAACGUCCGGCAAAUUUCCUUUGCCGACUUCAACGCUGACGGGACGCUCGACCUCGUCAUGCCGACCUGCGUCACUUCAGAGGAAUGCAACGAAUGCUGCGUAGAGGCAGAUCGAAUCGUCUUCGCGCCAAACAGGCAGCCGGGAUUGUGCCCGUCACUCUGGAGCUUCAGCAACCCUAAUCGCGCCCCGUGCAAAGCGGCGUACAACCUCUGCAGCUUAUCCGAUUUUUUCUCCAUUCCUCCGCUGAAUGAAGCUGCUGGAGAUUUUACUGUGGUCAACAUCGACAGCGAUCCCCACGUUCAUUUCUACGGUGACCAAGAUCACCCUCCCACUUUGCGGGUCGGAGAUUGGAAUGGGGAUGGAUACCCCGACCUCGCCUUCGUUGCAGUUCGGAACGGGGGCUACAGAACAGCUCGGCUCUAUUACAAUGUCCCCGCUGAGGGCAAGAGUGACUCGUCUCUCCGAACAUUCGAACUCGCACACGACAUUACACCUGACGAGGGAGGCGACGGCGUUUCUUUGCUCUUCGAUCAAAUGGCCUUCUUUGAUCUUUUUGAAGACGGCAGCCUUGAUGUCUUCUGCAUGGGACAGCCUCAGCCCCCCUCGGCGUCUUCUUCUCCCUUCACCAGCAGUCGAGCUUUUCUACGCACACUGGACAGCGACUCGCGAUUCCUCAAAGUCACGGCACUCAGCGGUAUGUUCCUGUUUUAA